AUGAGUUACACAACCACCACAGUCGAGCACCUCCCAUCUAAGGAGGAAAUCAUCAAUCGAGUCUCAAGACUGAGGCUUGUAGGUGAUCAUGAGGACAAAGUGGAUACCCAGGAGACAGCCAGACCAGGACCAAAAUACCCACAAUACCUUCCAGUGUGGGACAAGACCAAGUUCCCAGAUUGGGAAGAAGUACCGUACACUGAUCCUGGAUCUCGAGCAACCAAGGACAAGAGAAAUUUGUUUUCACAUGGAUCUACACACCGACAAAUCACUCCUGCUAUAGGUGAAGAGAUUGAGGGCGUUCAAUUGUCCCAACUAACUCCAGAAGGAUUAGACGAUCUUGCCCUUCUGGCUGCUGAGAGAGGACUAUUGGUCUUCAGAAAGCAAGAUUUCAAGGAUAUUGGUCCGGAAAAACAACUUGAGAUCGUUCGCCAUUUCGGUAGAUUACAUAUACACCCAACUAUGGGCCAUCCAGAAGGAUACCCAGAGAUGCAUGUGGUAUACAGGGAUCCCAAAGACAGCACGAUAUCGCGAUAUGUGAAGCCCAAUGAGGUUCAAAAAAUCAGUUCUGUCUCAUGGCAUGCCGAUCAUGUGGCUGAAAUUCAGCCUCCUGGAAUAACCUUCUUCUUCGCCCUAGAAGCCCCACCGGCUGGCGGCGAUACGAUCUUCGCCUCCGCUACAGAAGCUUAUAAUAGACUCUCUGACGAGUUCAAGAAGCGGCUAGAAGGUCUCCUAGUAGUCCACACCAACAAAGAUAUGUUAGCGCACUCGGAAGCCAGUGGUGGUCCCGUCAGGUUCUCGCCAAAGGAGACUUUACAUCCGUUGGUCCGAACCCACCCUGUAACCGGAGAGAAAAUCCUUGCUAUUCACGGUGGACAUGCAACCAGGAUCUAUGGAUAUAAGCAGGAAGAGUCAGACUACCUUUUUAAUUUCCUUCUUGACGUUCUAGCCAAAGGCCAUGAUUUCCAGACUCGAGUGCAUUAUGAGGAAGGAACUGUUGCAGUAUGGGACAACCGAACCGUCAUCCAUUCGGCUCUUUACGAUUUCAAAGGAGACGAGCGAAGACAUGUAGUCCGAAUUGCCGCGAUGGCUGAUAAGCCGAAGUAG